AUGGAGCAUUAUUCCAAUACAAAAUUGAGAGCUUACUUAAAAUAUGAAGAUGGAUUAGCAGUUUUGGAUCUGAAAAAAAAAAGACUCUUCAGGGUGCCUGAUGCAGUCACUGAACUGAGUGAAUCAGAGAAACUUGUGCUGGAUAAAAAUAACCUGACUGAAUUACCAGCAAGUAUCAGCAAGCUGAAAAAUCUUAUUGUGCUCGAAUUGCGUAACAACAAAAUCACUGAACUACCUGCUGAGAUCGGUGACCUGAGGGAGCUGAGGGUGCUGAAUGUAUAUAACAACCAGUUGGUUGGUUUACCUACCAGUAUACAGAGGCUGACCAAGCUUGAAGAGCUGCUCUUGGAUGGAAAUAAACUAACUGAACUACCCGCUGAGAUUGGUGACCUCAGGGAGCUAAGGAGGCUGUGGGUAAUGCUCAACCAGUUGGUUGGCUUACCUACCAGUAUACAGAGGAUGACCAAGCUUGAAGAGCUGUCCUUGGAUGUCAAUAACCUAACUGAACUACCAGCUGAGAUUGGUGACCUCAGGGAGCUUAGGAGGCUGAGGGUAAGGCUCAACCAGUUGGUUGGUUUACCUACCAGUAUACAGAGGAUGACCAAGCUUGAAGAGCUGCACUUGGAUGAAAAUAAACUAACUGAACUACCUGCUGAGAUUGGUGACCUCAGGGAGCUGAGGAGGCUGUGGGUGAGUAACAACCAGUUGGUUGGUUUACCUACCAGUAUACAGAGGAUGACCAAGCUUAAGGAGCUGUACUUGGAUGGAAAUAAACUAACUGAACUACCUGCUGAGAUUGGUGACCUCAGGGAGCUGAGUCUGCUGCAGGUGAGUAACAACCAGUUGGUUGGUUUACCUACCAGUAUACAGAGACUGACCAAGCUUGAAGAGCUGCAUUUGGAUGGAAAUAAACUAAAUGAACUACCUGCUGAGAUUGGUGACCUCAGGAAGCUGAAGAAGCUAAAAUUGAGUCAUAAUCCUUUAACUGUUGACGCAAUAAGACGUGCCUUAAAGUUAAGGAAGAAAGGAGUACUUGUUGGUGGUGUUGCAGGUAAGUACAGCGGAUAUUGUAGUUAUUUGGAAGUUCGAAAAAAACCGAGAUAAAAUGCCAUUAUUUGCCUGAAAAAGGGAAGUCAGUUUUUUUUCAGUUAUCGCGGGUUUCGCGAAUUUGAGGGUUGAUAAAUCAUUAAGAUAUGCUACAAACUGUAGUUUCAAAAUCGAUGGUAAGUUUCUUGUACGUAUUAAUUCAUUUUAAUUAAUUCGUCUGUUUUAAAAUUUUAAAUCAGCUGUGAAAAAUAGCUAUUAUCCAGGCUAGGGUAAUAUCUAUGGUUAAUGAACACCAAACAUUGUAUUCCAUCACACCCUUACUAAGUGACUCACUGGUUGUGUUUUCACGAACUUUCGGAGGGAGAGAAGCGACAACCGAAAAUACGUCUGCUGUUCGCAGGCUAGUAUUUCUUCGGGGAGGGAAGAAAUACGGGCUCCCCUAGAAACGCCUGUGGGGGAGGCUAUGUUUUCACUGUGGUCGAUUUGCUGCUGAGCAGAACAUUUUUUCUAGGUGUUUGUUGACAUACCGACGAUUACUAGCUGUUUUCACUUUUAAAUUUAGCUCGGAAUAACUCAGAGGAUUCAAAUUUAAAAAACGCGCCACAUUCAAAAAUAUUAGGAGACGAAGCGCUUUGAAUGUGUUUUCGUUUAAUGAUUCUCGCUAUUUUAUGAAUGCAGUUGAAUAGUGUCUCUAAAGAGUAAGAGGAUAGGAAGUAAUGUUGUAAUCCUGUUUCAAAAGUAACAGCAAAACAGCAAUAAUUGCCGUAAAGUAGCUUGGGUUUAACCCGCGGUGCCAAAUCGAUGAAACUCGUUAAUGGAAAUAAUGGAUUCUGUUCGAUUUUAAACGAUAGCAAUUAAGCGAUUGAUAUCGGUAAUCGAUAAAUGUCGAAGAUCGAAAGAGUUGUGAGUAUCAAUUUUUAUGAAUUUUCAUAAAUUUCAUUUAUUUUAUCGAUUGUCAAUGGUAAUCCUUUAAUAAUGAUUUUAAAAAUCUUACCUAUUAAUUGCCGAUUUAUUCAUCGAGGAUAAAAGAUUCACCCGUCCCUAUUGUAAAUUGGCACUGGCCAUGGUGUUAGCCCUUCACUACAGCCUCUAGUAAAAUGUUCAUUUCGCCAGUCAUUUGGCCGGCGUCUGUCACAACGCGCAACGCGAUUGGCUGCGGUAUUUAUCAGAACAAGUUAUACCAUCUCGCGCGGUUGUCUAACUUUGCGUAAUUUUUCGGUCAUAAAGCCGAAAAAACAGUGAGCAUGUUUAACUCGCUAACGCAAGACGAGGUGUUUUAACUGUAUUUAUGGACUUUUCUGGCUUUAUCUAGCUAAAAUUAUCUCAGUGAAAACACAACCGCAGAGUCUGAAAGCCAUUUUUCACUUAAUGGUUGAUGUUUAAACAAUAGAAAACGUUUUCCGUGUUUGCAUACCCUGAUAUAAACACGAGAGGGGUUGGGAGAAUUCGAGACAAAAUACGGACUUUUCUCUACACCUUCUUUGUAACGAUUUUCCAAGUUUCAGCCGACGAGGGAAUGGGCAAAUAAAGUAAACUUGUUGAGUUUUGAACUCGAAAACUUUUUCAAAUUUGUGCUUGCGUGAUUAGCGCGCCAAAAGCAAAACAUCUUGACGCCACAACCAUGUUUACAUACUCUCAUGCAAACACUCCUCUCGACCAAUCAGAGCGCGCGUACUAUCUUAGUUAUUUUAUUAAUGGAUGAUGUAAUAUUAUCAUGUUAUAAUCAUGGAAGUUUGUCCGCUGAACACAAUAUGUAUUAAAAUAAAAAAAUAUUGUUACAGAACAAUAAACAGACUGUUAAGGAUGAAGAGUUUUGAGGUGUUCAGUAAGCUCGCUGUUCAAGUUUCAAAUUAGAGAAGGUGGCUUGGUUUGCUGUGUUGAAGCCUGAGAAUGCACUUCUCGUGAUCUAAACUACAACUGGUCUGAAAUUUUUUAUACCAUUUAACAAAGUUAUAAGUCACACUUAGCUUCACUUAGGUUUGUAUUGCAAAUUAGUUUUUGUUGUUUUCCCUGUCAGCAUGCACGGCAAUAGUGUAAGUGAAUUGUCAAACCGCCCCUCCCCCCCUCCCCACAUGGACGGCCAGGUGUGUUGCCUUUCACCUGAAACCUGCCCAGCACGUAGCCCUUAGGAUCACUAAGGUAACCAAACCUUCCCAUCACUUCAAAAGCAUAAUGCUUGGAGAGAAGGAAACAAACUACAGAAAAAUUUAAUCAAAAGACAAUGCCAUUUAAUUAUUUAGCGUAAUGACUCGAUUUAGCGCCCAGAGCGCUUAUAUACUUAUGGUUUCUCAAAGGAGGGCGCUUAUUCGAAAUAGGGUGGGCGUCUAUUUCAUUUAGGUUGCGAAGCAAAACUCUCGAACCAUAAAACAGGGGCGUGGAAACUUAUGAGCAAUAAUUAGCAAACGUCUACGAUCAUGGCUCCUUCUGGCAAUCCCUUGAUUUGGAGUUGGAAGCUUGUUUAUGCCAAGACAAACUUAAAGCAGGAGGAACACAUACACCAACCCACGGCCAAUACCUCACGCAUGCGCACAGCCAUAUCAAAUUAAUCAAAUAACCAAAUUUGGAACACUUAAAAAAACCCAUGUUCUGUUUAUUUGAUGUUUUGAAUUUUCGGUUUAAUGGAAUAAUAAAACAAAAUAUUUAUGACACGACCUCCAGUGAGCAAUAUUCGCCCCUCAAGUAAUCGACUCCUUUUUGUGGGGAAAAAAUAGUCAUCUCCCCCGGCUAUUACUCGAGGAAAUACGGUAUCAACGUUAUUGUUACUAAGCUCAGCAUAAAGAGCCGGAACUGCAUCAGGUUCGGUAGGCACCGGGCAUUCAAAACCAUACACUUUGGCACUAUCUUUAGUGCUGUAGGUCCUUUGUUGAUUUUAACAAUCGAGAGCGUUGGCGGCCGUUCAGUCGGGUUGCGUAAAUUAGGGUCAACCUUGUCACGAUAGGAUGGAACAAUAGUCGGUGAUUGAAUAGCGGUGCUUAUUUGGUAUUGGGGCGCUUGGAAUGCCCGGGUGGGGGUACAUACUUCCUAGUAGUAGGCUAAUGGGUAUGUGCUGCUGGAUUGGGCCGCAUUUUCACGACUGGAUUGACUAUUAUGAGGUUACAUUUUUAUAGGAGUUACUAGAAUGGGGUCGCGCAUUUUCAGGAUUUUGGGGGUCAAAAAUUAAAGUAUGUAGGGAUUUAAAAAUAGAAAGAUUUACACCACACCAAGUGUAACAAAAAUGUGGCAGAUCAUUUUAGGAUGUUCUAGUUAAAAGGCUUUAGAAGGUGGGUGCGUAAGCACAAAGUGACUAAGUUGGGACUGUGAAAAUUACUUUUUUCCAAAAGUAACUAAGAUGGAGUCUAUAUAUUAUCGCCACAGUAUGGACUAUAAUGGGGUCGGGGUUUUGAGAGGCCAGCGGCACAUACCCCAAAAAAAUUAACCCAAGUAAUCUCCAGAGUUGGAAUGAGAGUGCUAAUGCUAUAGGGGUGCUUAUUAGAGAGUGGGCGCUUAUUGGAACGUAGUUAGUUGGUUGAUGUUCAGAGUAAUCGUUUUUUUUAGAGGGACAGGCAUUUCACAUGAAUGCAAACAACACUUAUAAUUCUGGUGACGCAAAACACGACACUAAUUUUUACGCACCAUUCAUGCAUGUUGUUGUUGAACAUGCACAGAGACUUGAAGUAGUCGCAGUAAAAAAAAAAAACAAGUUUAAAAUAGCAGGUGGAUUGUGUAACAGUAUGAAAAAUAACCAACAUUUAAUUAUAUCUGUCACAUUUGAAAUUCAGUAAAAUUAUGUUUACCAUAGAUUUGUUUUAAUAACUUAAAAGACCAUACUGAAAGAUCACAAGAAGGACAAUUAACACUGGCGUAGGACUAAUUCUUUGAUAGAAAUUAGUCCCCCCCCCUCCCCCUUGACCUUUAAUAAGCAUUCGGCUUCUUUGUUUUUUUUUUGUUUUGUUUUUUUUUUCAAUAGCUCCUUUAGAAAUAGAAGCACGUGGAGAAAAAGCACAGCUCGCUUAUAAAAGUGCUCUUAAGGAUGGAGCUGUUAAUGUUUACCGUGGUCGAGUAUUGCUUAUUGGGCAGGAUCGAGCAGGAAAAACAAGUUUGAAGAAGUCUCUUAUUGGUCUACCAUUUAAUUCAAAAGAAAAAAGCACUAAUGGAAUUGAAGUGGAUCCUUCAAAAUUUCAGUUGGACGUUGAUGAAGUCAGGAAUUGGCAACCUCUUGGUGAGAGAAAACAAGGAUUGCUGGGAUGUUCGAGCGAUGUGGCACAGAUGGUGGUGGAAAAGAUGUGUUAUAUUCCAGCUAGCCGUGCCAGGGUUCAGGAAGAGAAAAGAGGUGAAGCAAUACUUCAAAGUGAUGAUAACAAGAAUGGGAAACAGGUUGAUACUUAUGGAGAAAAGGAGGAAGUUUCUCUUGUGAACCAGGUUUGUCUUUGUUGGUUUUGAAAUUUGAAAUGUGAUGUUUUUUCGUGAAUCCAUCGUUAGUGCAAGAACUUCCUAACAUUUGUUAUAAUAAUUAUAAUUUGAUUAUCACCUUCUUCAUAAGUUAGGUUAUAGUGACUUCCCUGCCAUUUGCCACAGUCUCCGUCUGGAAAAUAUGUAACAACUGCCAGAUCGUUUUCUAGCUCGUUUUCCAGUGCUGGUUAAAAAUUUAAACCAGCGCUUUUAUACUUGUAAGUUUAGUUCCGAGAGUAGAAUGAUACUACUAUCAACCAUUUAGUUAUAUUUCCAUGAUUGUACCCAUCUACACGUAAGCUGAGCCUUUGGGUUAGUAGUGCGUGUGCAAACCAAAGUGAGUUUAGCCAUAUCUCUAUUCAUACUUUUAAGUGUUAAUUAGGCCUUGAACAUAGCUCUCCCUUCUUUUGUUGUUGUUGUUAAUCACAAUUUCGUUGUUGUUUUCUUUUUUAUCCGAGGAGUAAAGCCAAGGGGCUGGGAGGACUCAAUCAAACACCAUUUUCCUAUAUGUUCUUAAACUCACUGUUCCUUAAAAAAUGCAAUAACGUAUUAACGUACGUUUUGGAUACCUCAUGGCUCCAAUAAUCGUGCCUCAAUGUUUGAGCUUAUUAUGAAUUUUCUGUCAUCAAAAACAACUUUAAAUGGGUGAAUAAUCGAAUCGGAGGGUGAAGAGGAGUAAUUAGGUGUUCAUUAUUUCAUCAUUCCAACUCGAAAAUUUUCCUUGUUCCAUUAUUCCAAAAAAAAAGAACAAAUUAUUCCGUUGAAAACAUAUGCUUAUUCCCUUAUUCCGCGCCACAGAAUCAGAAUCAGAAUCAACAGUUUUUUUUUUCGCACUCUGCUACAGGUUGGUGGUCUAAACGAAGACAGUGUUAGUGAACCCACAUUAACAGAACCUGAUCAUGAGUUAGUGGUUGAUACUACUUCACCUCCAGAGGAGAUCAAGGAUCGAGCUGUAAAUUUGAUAAAGUAUAUGAAAGGUGAUGAUGUUAAGCCUGAAGAAUCUGUUGUCAGUAUUGAACUGUGGGAUUUUGCUGGACAACACCUAUAUUAUGCAUCCCAUCCUGUAUUUUUAUCAUCACGUGCGCUGUAUAUCCUGGUGUGCAACCUCAGCAAGUCACUGCAUGACACAGCCAAGCUCUGUGUGAGGCAAGGGUCUCGUAAUGUUGAUUUGGAAAACCCAAAUGGAGAAACAAAUCUUGAGAACUUGUUGUCUUGGCUGUCCACAGUGCAUAGCGUCGCACAAAUGAGAAGAGAAACCUGUGAUGACGUAGAAAAAGAGGUGCCUCAUUUGCGCCCCCCAGUGAUCAUUGUAGGAACCCAUGCAGACAAACCAUUUGAAGACAUUGAAACAAUGAAAACAGAAAUCCAGAACGCAAUUGCUGGUAAGGACUAUGAAGGACAUGUGGAACGGCCUAUCUUCAGCAUUGACAACACUGCAAAAUUAACUCAAAGAAGGAUCAAGACAAUGGUUUUCGGGAAAGAUGAAAACAUUGAUGAGAUCCAAGCUUUACAAAUCAAAAUCAUGGAAGUGCUAAGACAGGAGCCUUACAUUGGGGAGAGAAUACCUAUAAGGUAAAAAAUGGUUGUACAAAAACAAAAUCCAUUAAAGUAAAUAUUAAAUAAAUUCUUGUGAAGGUUUGAGCUCUGAACGCACUGAAAGUAUUGUUUAUGUGUAUGGCAUUUGUUUUCGCCAGUCCUUGUAAGAUUUUUGUUUGAUGUGCAAUGUGUUUCAGGUGUCUUAAGUAACUCAGUGGCUGCGACGCUAUAUAAAAGCGUGACCGCAAAACAUCUAAAGGCUGGUUCAUUUACUUUGGUUACAGAAGAACAGAAAAAAUUCACUGAUUCCUGUAUGAGCCACCUGGCGGUCAUAAGAAAUGAAUAUCUCGUUGUUUGAAACAAGUUAACCAUGAAAAGCAGUUUUGACUGGCCUUAAGGAAUAUUCUACCCUAAAGGGUUUGAUAACGUUAUUACGAAUUGACCAAAAAGCACCAUGUACAUUUCAAUUGUCGUUUUAAAAAGGUAAAGUAAAGUGGAUCACACACAGAUAUUUAUCAAGUGGAUACAGUUAUCCACCUUUCGAACAACUGAGCCCUGUACUUUAGUCAGUAUAGGUAAACUGUGUAUAUGUGACAUGGAUACUUAAACACGCGCUAUCAAUUUUCUCUUUGGUUUUGUAAACUAGGUGGCUGAACUUUGAGAAAGUCAUCAACGCUUUGCUUUCCAAGCCAGUUUAUUACCUGAGUAUAACAAAGCUACGGACCCAUGCCAAGGAGAAGUGCUUCAUUGAUGAAGAGGAAGAGUUUACAACCAUGGUGAAUUUCUAUCAUGACCUGGGGAUAAUUAUCAAGCACCGUGGCACAGUCAUCUUGAGUACCCUGUGGCUGAUAAAAUUGUUCGGACAGCUGAUCACUAUUCCAGAUUUUACGAAAAUGGUAAGAAAUGGAUUUUAAACGUGUUUUAAAAGUUGCGUGGUUUAUAAUGGUCCACAUUUUGGAUGACAUCACAGGCUUCCAACCGUGCUGUAGCUAAUAAAAAUAAUCAUAUCAAGUGCAUUGCACGCUAUCUUUUUGAAAAUGUUAACUGUUCCUCAAAUAUUUGUAAACAGCAAAAACGUAGUGGAUUGGGCUGCUAUUUAAUAUUUCCUCAGUGUAAAAUAGUUAGGGUAGGCGAUGUAAUUCUGAAAUGAAAUCUUAUAACAAACCUAUAACAACUGAAUUAGUACUAACGCCUGGUAAGCAGUCGUCCCUGUAAUCAACCCGCUAUACUGACGUCACUAAGAGGAAACAUUACAAUGAAACAUUUUCACUGCACUUUCUUAUUUGAACGUUGUAAUAUCCCAAGAGGAUUCUUGUUUCAAUUUCGAAGGACAUCAGGUGACAUCACGAGGUACCGGCUAACAAUAAGAGGAGCUUAUGACCAAUUUACCUGCAAUUUACCUUUUAUGUAGGCUCAAAGGAAUCGGACAACCAAACAGAGUGAAAAUACAUAUUGUAUAUAGAAAGGAAACCUGACUUUUCUCCGCCCUAACUGAUACACGCGAAGAGCGAAUUGCGAAAAAUUUCUAACACUGCUCAACCUACACAAAAAAGCUUAGGAGCUUUGCUUGUACCAAGCAUUAUUGUCUCCUACACUGACUUCCUUUUGGCUCGUUACGCAACCCUCUUCAACUAGAUUACAAGUAGUCUCUUCCUCAGGGAUAGUGGAGCGAGCGAAUUACACGAGCGCGCGUGAAAUUUGUCACCCUUGAGGAAAAUAUCCCAGAGGAAAAUAAGGGGCCACUCGUAGUCUAUCCUCAGUAGUAUGUUAGGCAUAGAAUCAGCCUCUUUUGCGGUGGAAUCUUCGCUGGAAUGCAUAAACGCUGAUGACGUCAUAACCUUUUGUCUUCAUGUCAUAAAUAAAAUGCGGUUGAAUCUCUUUAAAGGGUUUAAAAUAGCACACGGCCUUAUCUUAGGGCUAGUUUACAUCGAGGUGGAGGACCCUAGGUAGGUGAGAUAACCCGCUGAUGGUCACCCCAACUAUCAUGUAAACGUGGUCAAAUUAAAAUGAGACAUUAUGUGGACAGGUGGGUUUCCCCAUCUAAGCGGGUUACCUCACCUGCCUGGGGUCCCCCACCUCCAUGUACACAGGCCCUAAGAUAAGGUCGUGUACUAUUUUCAACCCUGUUGACAGGGUUUCCAGUUAUUUCUUGGUAGAUGAAGGUCUUGCUUUUUGAUUGGUUGACGACUACAUGUAAGAACAAGGACAAGUAUUCAUUGGUUGAUUCAGGUUGUCGCAGGAAUAAGCGCUAACUCAACUGUGACGUAGUUAUGCAAGUUACAUUUCAUACCGCUUUCAUUGUUCAAUAAGUUGUUCCGGUUUACUAUGCGCGCAAAUCGUUAUUUUUUCAUGAGUACAAAGCCACACUAGCCCUUUCUACCACGAAAAACAUUUUUCCACUUUCCCACAUCCCUUUUUCCUUGUCCACAUUUCAUUGUUUCACAUUGUUUCCUUCCACCACGACAACCACGUUUCUAUUGUUUUCAAUUUCUCUCAGCGCGAGGUUAUGGUGAACGUUGUAAAGAAAAGAAAACUUAACUUCGUAAAUCUUCUAACGUGAUUGGAAAAAAUUGUGUGACGAACCAAACGGAGGGCUGCUUCGAAGGCUAUCCUCUUUACUUUUAUUCACACAGUAGUACUUGCUAGGCAGACUACGUAACUUUUUCUUUAUAUUCGUCCCCACACAAAAACGGGAAACUCAAGAUCUUUAUCUUUGUUUGUUAAUUAAAAUAUUAGAUAAAAUAACUAAUAAUUUACAAGUGCAUUAAUGAACUGGCUCAAAAUUCUCCCAAAAUAUCACUAUUUUAAGAAAGCUUUGUUACCGUCCUUCACCUUAUUCCGUCUUAGGUUCCUAAGGUUGCCAAGCACUGGAUGGAAGUUAAAGAAAGCGGUGUUCUCUCCAUGGAACUAGUUGAUCUUGUGUUUUCCAACUUUCUCCUGAAGGGUGUUGCCAGGAAAGACAUACUUGAUUUGAUGGAACGAUUUGGAUUGAUUGCAAAAUUUUCAUCUUCAGAGAUAGGUGAAAAGUAUUUUGUUCCAUCUCAACUCAAAGCUUCGCCUGAUUCCCUUUGUUCUAUGGCGCCCUCAAGGCUGGACCCUUGUCCCCUGUUUGUUUACUUUGUCAGCGGUUCUGUCCCCCAUGGUCUGUUCACACGGCUUGUUUCUCGAUCUGUCCGUUGGUGUUCUGAAGCUGGUCCAACUCAGCCCCCUACCCUGUUCCAAAAUGGAGCUUGGUUUGUUAUUGGGAAGCAAACUUUCCAUGAUUUUGUUCUUAUUUGUAAGAAGCAGUUUAUUAAGUUUUUUAUCAAGCAAAGAAACCAACCUCAGCAGAUCUCAGUAGAUGACACAAGUGAGGUUGCGGUGCAGGUUCGUGAGUUUGUGGAGGCAACUUUCCAAGUUUUGUCACGUGAUCUCUAUAAAGGUGGAUUGCAGUAUCAAAUUCGGGUCGCCUGUCCGUAUUGUCAGCGGGAAAAAUGCUCAAGCCAUAAUAAGAUUGCAUGUUCUCAUGAAGAUUGUCUUCACCUCCUUGAGUUACGACAAGGCGAUCCUCUGAUUUGCAAGAAGAAACCUGCAGAGGAGGUACUCACAGUUACUGGACAAGAACAGUGGUUCUCACAAAUAGAAAGUAAGGUAGGUAGUAGUGAAAUGCGAUCUCCAGCAGUGCUGUUAACAUAUUACAUAUAAAUCGAAUACACAUACUACUUAAAAUUGUCUUUCUAAAGAGUAGCCACAGUGACUGUAGCCAUAUAUUUAAACUAAAGAGGAUUCAACAAAGUCCAUGGAUGUGCUUUUUUAAGGUUAUAGUAUGAGGUUUAACGUAUCCCUUUAUUUAUCCUACCACAAGCUCCACUGGAGUAUAAGAGAAGGCUUUGUUGCUCUCAACUUAGCAAACAUUGGUACUUGAAAUCAAGUAAGUUGAUAAGGUCAAUUGACUACCAUGUAUUAAUAAUUGUUAUUGGUGUGUAGGCAAAGCAGUUGGUAUAUAACUUUUUUUCAAGGUCUUUGUAAAUGUGCUGUUUUGCUUUGCGGUUGAGCAAUAAGUUUGCAGCAUCUACCGUGUUGAUAAAAUGUUUUGCAAACUUUCAUUCAAAAAGGUAGAAGCCCCCAGAUAUAAAAUUUCUAUUUUAAAGUAUCCAAUUUUGGUCGCUAUGCAGGAAGCGUGUACUCCAUCAUCAUCACCUGAUACCGCACAAGCUGGUCCAGAGCGUCUGGUACUGAAAGUUACCCUUCUCGCGAAUGAGUGGGGCUCGUCCAAGGGUGGCUUGUCAACAAUAAACAGGACUCUUGCCAUACAUUUGGCAAAAGACGCAAACGUAGAAGUGACCAUUCUUGUACCUGAAUUUGAGUGUGGAGAGAAAGACAAGAGAGUGGCCAAAAGUCACAACAUCUCCAUUAGGGAAGCAAAGCAUCUUCCUGGCUUUAGUGACCCUCUUGACUGGUUGAGCUAUCCACCAGAAGACCUUGACAUUCAGGUUGUGAUCGGCCAUGGAGCAAAACUUGGUAGACAAGCGCAAAUUAUAAGGAGGUAUCAUUGCUGCAAGUGGUUUCAGGUUGUGCAUACUGAGCCUGAAGAACUGGCAAUGCAUAAGAACUAUCUAAGCGCCAUUGCCAAGGGAGAGGAGAAAAACAGAGCUGAAGUGGACCUUUGUCUAAUUUCAGAUCUCGUUGUAGCCGUUGGACCCAAGUUGAAAGACGCGAUCUCGUCCCAGUUGCGCUCAUCUCGUCGAGAAAUCUUUCAAUUAAUACCAGGUUCCUUUACAGAGUUUUCAGAUGUUGAGCAUGCUGAACAAGAGAAUGAGAGUUUCAAAGUGUUAACCUUCGGUCGUGGUGAUUUUGAAGACUUUAGUCUUAAAGGAUACGACAUUGCUGCUCAAUCCAUAGUGGAAUUGCAGGACAGUUCUUAUAGUCUUGUUUUCGUUGGCGCACCCGAUGGAAGGCAGGAUGAAGUCGCAGAAAUCUUACUCCAGAGUGGCAUUUCAAAGAACCAGCUGAUUGUGAGAUCAUUUGUGAAAGAGAAACAAAGAUUGAAAGAAUUGUUUUGUGAAGCCGAUCUGGCCAUCAUGCCUUCAAGAACUGAGGGGUUUGGUUUGACAGCAUUGGAGGCCAUGUCAGCUGGUCUUCCCAUUCUAGUUAGUGGAAACUCUGGAUUUGGAAAAGCACUGCGUGGUCUUCCAAUGGGUGAAUCAUUUGUGAUCGACUCUGAUGACCCCAAGGAAUGGGCAAAGGCAAUUGCAGCCAUCCGUCAAAAAUCGAGGACACAGCGGCUUGAGGAAAUCCAAAGACUGCGAAGAAGUUAUGAUGAAAGAUUCUGUUGGGAGAGACAGUGCCAGGCCCUUGUCGCCAGAAUGUGGAGGAUGGUCUAUGGUAAGAAGUUAACUUAGCCUAAAGGAGAGUAAUGAUGAUAGUAACUAUUAUUCGUUCAAAAUAUUUUCCGUUUUUGAUUGGCUAAAAGCGCAUGCAUAAUUUAUCAUAAACAGCUACUGUUGACCAAAUUUGUCAUUUUGAACAAAUGACGUCAAAAGUGCAGCCAAAGUUGCAGAUUACUGAACCGUUAACCGAGAAUACCUGGGGACGAGGUUGAGUUGUUUUGGUGGUGAGAAAAUGGCUGACACAGUCGGCGAAACAUUGUCAAAAUCAUAGCAAGAAGAGAAAGAAGACAACUCGACGGACAACAUCCGCUAUUUGGAGUAUAUUUACAGAACAGAACAGACUUUUAUCUCCUCAAUUUCUCGAUAAAGAUGCGCUAUCGAUAUAAACUUAACAUCGACCGAGGGAAGGAAGUUUCAGCUUGUUUUUAGUCUUGGAAUUAUUUUCGGGGGGUGUUAUCCACCUCGGCCUUCGUCCUCGGUCGAUCUACAGAAUUCUUCAUAUCCCACGAAAGCCGAAUUCAAUAAUUGCUAAUUAUUACUUCAAACACGGUGAAAAUGUCAAGUGCGUAUCUCAUAUCAGGAUUAGCCUUUGUUUGCCUUUAUGAUUCAUCCCCGUAUUUUAUUUGCUUCAGCAAGAGCAAGUGCGUAAGCAAAUUUAACAGUAUUAUGUUAGGCGGUGCAUGUGAAUAGCUGCAGAAAGAUUGCCAACCUUACCUUUUAAACCUCAAUAACAGCAUUCAUAUUCUUCACACUGUUAUCCAUACAUAUCUUGUGGUACUGAUAAGGAGAAUUUGUUUAACAAUCAAGAUAUUUUCACGUGCUGCUGGUUCUCUCUUUUAAAGAAACAGAAUGACAGAGAACUGUCUAGCUAAAACUUUGGCUUAUGAUAUAUCACACAAAAUAAAUGGAGGGCUUCUCAGAUUGGAAUCGUUUACUUUUUUCUGUAAUUGAAUGUUUUUUUCUUCUUAAAUUUUACAGGUGUUGAAAAGACCCAAGAAGAUACCGUUCCCCAGAAUGACUUUGAAAACGAUGCAGCAAAAAGAUCGAUAACUGGUGAUGUGGUUCUUUGAUUUCUCAAAUAAACCAGAGCCAAAAUUUAUUUUUGUACUAGAGUGGGGUUAUUUUGUUCUGUUGAAACCAGGACAAAUUUAUAUUUUCGGCUGUUUUUACCUAAAGACCAGUUCAUCAUGUCCUAUUAAACUGACGUGAAAUAACCUCAUUCGUAUUUUAAUAAUUUCCCUCUGCCGUUUACAGGCGAAGCAAUUUUCCUUGCACUUCAACAAAUCCUGCUGGAAGCACGCACAGAGUCCAGCAAAACUGAGCUGUCGCAGGCUUUAAAGAGGACUGCGUUGGAGAAAGGUUUUGCGAUAUCUGACAAUCAAGGAGAGGGAAACUGCAUGUUUUUUGCACUUUCAGAGCAGCUUGACCUCAUCAAAGGAAUUCAGAUAUCCCAUGAUGAGUUACGCCGAGCUAUUGUUCAACAUCUUCGGAAAAACCCCAGUCUGGUAAGUACCUUUGGUUAUUGUUUUUUCGACGGUGGAUUUAUUUGCAAUAUAUGCGAAAGCCGUCGCAUUUUCCCGCUGAAAUCUUUUUAUUGUUUUUAAGGUUAAAAGCAAUAAGGUCUUGUUCUAACGUAUCCGAAAUACGUGUCCACACGUUUUCACACAAUUUUUUGCGCCUGUUCACAUAAAUACGCUGAAAUGAAUGACAUACGAUGACUUCCCUUACAGAGCAAACUCACUGAUACUAGCAUAUAAUGCAUGACAUCAUUGUAUUAGAAAACCUCUGUUUUCUUCCGUCCACACGUAAACGAGAAUUCGGCGUUUUCAAAAGUCCACUCUGGGGACCGCUUUCUGGGGACCUGUUUUUUUGGUGCCCGAAAAGGCCGUUUUCUUGUGGACGGAAGGCUAAAAAUACCCUGAUACGUGUGGACGGGGCCUUAAAUUCUUGCAGCCAAAUGCUACGGCUUUACAGGUAUGAUGCAAAUGAAUCCACCCUUUAUGAGCAAAACAUCAGCUCUGCACGAGCAUCACGCUUAUUUGUAUUUUGUUUCGUCUUCCGCUGCACGACUUGAAACUUCCUAAUGCGACGUUUUGUGGAGGGCCUCGAAAGCAUGGCGACGAAAUAUUGUUAUUGGAUCCGGAUGCUGCCCUUAGAAUUCAAAUCCAGGAAAUUUCUUCUACUUUUUCUUCUACGUUACAUACGCGCCAUAAAGGUUUAAAAUAAAGCAAGUUCAUUUCCUUUAAUCACGUUUUUGACUCGGAGGCGUAAAUGAAAACAGAUUUUAGGAAAUCUGUUUCUGUCGCCAUGAUCGUCUGACUCAUGUCCUAAUUUUUUAUAAGUACUAUGUCAUUUUGGUAAGUAUGAAAUGUUCACCAAAAGCCGCUUUGUUCGAACAGAACAUGUCUACUUAGUAAAAUGAAGUGAAUACUUUAUUUAAAGAGGGUAAGACUCGACAAGUAUAGUAUGAACGGAUAAACUUGAGAUCCUCAAUACUUGUAUUGUCAUUUCUGACCCAACAUACUGGUCGAAAUUUCCAAACUUUUAUUUUUUCAUAGUAAACACCUCUUCCCCCCUCUUUUACACGUGUAACGUGUUGGUCCCUGCCGUUCUUAAUUGUUUUUCUUGGAAAGAAAGAGAGUAAGGAGAGUAGUAUGGGAUACAAACGUUAGACCUCCUUUUUGAAGUGAAAUCUCAUUAGUAUGAAGUGGAGCAAAUAAACGUCAAUGGCAUCUUUAUCUCUUGAAUAAAAUGCGGUAGAAUCUCAUCAACAUAACGUCACGAGCUAUACGAGGGAUGUAGUGUGCAGGGAUCAUGUUCUUAUUUGGUUAGUAUGCUAUCAUAGUCUAUUUUAUUGUCCAUUGCAGACAACCUUUUGGCCUGGUUCCGGUUCACUGCUAAAGUGGACAUAUCUGCUCUAGUGGCCGCUCUAGUGCCGAUACCAGUGGGGACCGCCUUAGAGAGAGCUGACAGCGCAGCUGCCUGAAUAUAUACCUUCUACAAAAGCACUCUACCUCUUUCUCUAUUAACUAUAGUAUUUUCUUUUUUUCUUACAGCCGGAUGGGACAGAACUGUUUCAUUUUGUUGACGGAUAUCCAUCUUGGGAUGCCUACCUCACAAGCAUGAUGACAGAUAGUACAUGGGGUGAUCACGUGAUUCUACACGGCGCGGCAAACUGUUUUCAAACGUGCAUCCACGUGAUCAGCAGUCUGCAGCAUCGCCAUGACGUAAUGAUCUGCCCAGAGUUUGAUGUUACUGGUAGCAACCGACUUGUGCUGGGUCACCUGCAUGAGCUUCACUAUGUUAGCCUUAUUCCACAGAAAGGAGGUAAAGAUGUCUGA